UCACGUAAUACUCCCGUGGACAAGCUGACUUGUUGGAAAUGCUGGAGGAUCUCAGUGAGAGCACGCUGCCUGCAACACCAGAGGAAGCAUCCAAAGAAAAGUGAAGCGGCAUCGGGAAAAACACACAAAUACCACACAAAGGGCUUGGAGUAUUCCCAGUGUACUUCACUGAAGGUUGUGUUGUGGCAGGACUUUCCCUGGCUAGGGCACGAGCUGCCAUGCCAUUUGGUUGUCUGACACUCGGGGAGAAGAAGGAUUACAACAGUCCCUCAGAGGUGACCGACAAAUAUGACCUUGGACAGAUUGUUAAAUCAGAGGAGUUUUGUGAGAUAUUUCGGGCGAAGGAUAGGAACACCUUGAAAAUGUACACAUGUAAAAAGUUCCACAAAAAGGAUGGAAGAAAAGUGAGGAAAGCUGCCAAGAAUGAGAUAAUGAUCUUAAAGAUGAUUAAACAUCAUAACAUCCUUCAGCUGGUUGACACUUUUGAAACGAAGAAGGAGUAUUUCCUUUUCCUGGAGCUAGCUACAGGAAGAGAGGUCUUUGACUGGAUCUUAGAUCAAGGCUACUACUCGGAGAGGGACACCAGCAAUGUUAUGCGGCAGGUGUUGGAAGCUGUAGCUUACCUGCACUCUCUGAAAAUCGUCCACAGAAACCUAAAGCUGGAGAACUUGGUGUACUUUAAUCGUUUGAAGCACUCCAAAAUUGUUAUCAGUGACUUCCAGUUGGCUAAACUGGAAAAUGGACUCAUUAGGGACCCAUGUGGGACUCCUGAAUAUCUUGCUCCUGAGGUGGUUGGGAGGCAGAGAUAUGGAAGACCUGUGGACUGUUGGGCCAUAGGCGUCAUCAUGUAUAUUCUUUUGUCUGGGAACCCUCCUUUCUAUGAUGAUGGUGAUGAAGAUGACUCUGAUAGUCGUGAUAAGAAUCUUUUCCUCAAGAUUUUGUCAGGGGACUAUGAAUUUGACUCUCCAUACUGGGACGAUAUUUCAGAUUCUGCCAAAAACUUAGUGGCAUCUUUGAUGGAAGUGGACCAAGAUCAGCGAUUGACAGCACAGGAAGCUAUAGCCCAUGAAUGGAUUUCUGGAAAUGCUGCCUCUGACAAGAACAUCAAGGAUGGUGUUUGUGCACAAAUCGAAAAGAACUUUGCCAAAGCCAAGUGGAAGAAAGCUGUCAGAGUGACCACCCUCAUGAAGAGACUUCGAGCGUCCGAGCAGGGGGAUUCUGCCGCCGCUGGUCUUGCACCAGGAGCUUCAGCUGAUCCCAACACACCCGGGGUUACUCCUGCUGCUCCAGCAGGUGGCGGUGGCCUUCUUGCUGCUGCCAUAAAAGCUGGUCUUAGUGAAAAGGCUUCAGAUACACAGACUGCUACCAUGUCUGCGCUCUCCCUGCCCAGUGCAGCCAGACAGGAGGAGCAGCAGCAGUCACGGUGCAACGGCGACAUUCCCCAAGUGUUGCCACCAAGAAAAGGCGACUAGGCAUCAAUCAAAUGCAAGAAAACCAACCUACAAGCACAUGCGCAGUACAGCCAGUAAAUUUGGAAUCAUGAUAUCGUGUCUAUGCUGUCUGACUAUCCCCCAGUUUGCAGAAUACACCAUGCAUUUCAUGUUCUUGCCUCCUGUACUGAUUGGUCUAUUGAAUAGUGUUCUUCACUCUCCCCUGUUCUUGUUAUUUUGUACACAAGUCCCUUUAAAGCUUGUUGCAAAGUAGCUCUUCUGUUGUUUUGCUUUUCCUUUGAAACUGUAAAAACUCAAAGUGUAAUUUAGUGAAAUCUACUCAUCUUUAUUCAUCAGCUCUUUGUAUAUAGAUGUAUUAGUCUGUUUCAACAAAAUGCUACUUUUUAGCUUCAGAUCUUACAAUCCUGAGUUCAAGUCUUGUGACUUAAAAUUAUGAGUUGAAAGAUUUGGUAAUUUGAUCAUAUAAAAGUUAUUUCACAAAUAUAUAAAUGAAAAUUUAUCAGAAAGCUUUCAAGAGUUAAUGUUGUAGAAACUAUGCUCCAAAACUGAAUACAGUUAAAUGACAAAACUUUGUCAUGUACAUAUUUUGAAUGGAUCACAAAUGAAUAUUUGAAUUAAAAAACAGCCAAAAUGAAAUUUUUUAAGCCAUGUUGAAGAUUUCAAAAUUGUCCAAUAUAAUACCUGUGACACUUAGAUGACUGUCCAUAAAAAGUUUUUAUAAUGACAGACUGUGUAACAGAUACAGAGGAUUCAAUUUGACACUGUGACUAGAUAUCUACUGGUUUAGUGCAGUGCAACUUUAGACAACUUAGAAUUUUAAGGCAGCAAGAAAAGCAUAUUUUUUCGUUUAAGUGCCUUAAUAUUUGUUGCAUUCAUGUACGAAAAUGUUUCAAGAGGAACAACUUGAUUAUAAAUGCUUAUUUAUUUCAUUGAACUGGUUUUAGCUGUUUUAUUUGCUCUUCUGUUUAGAGUCGUAAGCUGCUGUAUUGAUAUUUGUGUUUUGUCCUCUUUCACACUUCAUUUAAAACACAGGAAACUAGAUUUAGACAUUCUAUGUAAAGUGAUGUUUUAGCUGUUGUUGUGUUGUAACUUGUAAUUAGUGAAUUCAGAGUUUUUAGCAGAGUCCAUAUACUGUACGACUAUGUAUAUUUGCAUUGUAUGUGUAUACAUGUGUAUUUUUUUAUUUACGUGUAUUUAGCAACAUUUAGCUGAGCUAACAGGUUGCUACAAUGCUUGUGACUAAAUAAAAUGAGCAAUACUGUUGCUGAAACUGUGA